CGCUCUCCUCCAGCUCCUGCUUCAGCCUUUGCUCCCGCUGCGGCCGUGGCCCCCCUUGGCGCGGCUCUCCGCGCUGCGCGUCCGCUGAGCCCGCCGCUCCCCUGCCCAUGUACUGGAAGCAUGAGAACGCCGCCCCGGCGCUGCCCGAGGGCUGCCGGCUGCCGGCCGAGGGCGGCCCCGCCACCGACCAGGUGAUGGCCCAGCCAGGGUCCGGCUGCAAAGCGACCACCCGCUGCCUUGAAGGGACCGCGCCGCCCGCCAUGGCUCAGUCGGACGCUGAGGCCCUGGCAGGCCCUCUGGACAAGGACGAGGGUCGGGCCUCUCCCUGUACGCCCAGCACGCCAUCUGUCUGCUCACCGCCCUCUGCCGCCUCCUCCGUGCCGUCUGCCGGCAAGAACAUCUGCUCCAGCUGCGGCCUCGAGAUCCUGGACCGAUAUCUGCUCAAGGUCAACAACCUCAUCUGGCACGUGCGGUGCCUCGAGUGCUCCGUGUGUCGCACGUCGCUGAGGCAGCAGAACAGCUGCUACAUCAAGAACAAGGAAAUCUUCUGCAAGAUGGACUACUUCAGCCGAUUUGGGACCAAGUGCGCAAGGUGCGGCCGACAGAUCUACGCCAGCGACUGGGUCCGGCGGGCACGCGGCAAUGCCUACCACCUGGCCUGCUUCGCUUGCUUCUCGUGCAAGCGCCAGCUGUCCACGGGCGAGGAGUUUGGCCUGGUCGAGGAGAAGGUGCUCUGCCGCAUCCACUACGACACCAUGAUUGAGAAUCUCAAGAGGGCCGCCGAGAACGGGAACGGCCUCACGCUGGAGGGGGCAGUGCCCUCGGAACAGGACAGUCAGCCCAAGCCGGCCAAGCGCGCGCGGACGUCCUUCACCGCCGAGCAGUUGCAGGUUAUGCAGGCGCAGUUCGCGCAGGACAACAACCCCGACGCGCAGACGCUGCAGAAGCUUGCGGACAUGACGGGCCUCAGCCGAAGGGUCAUCCAGGUCAGGUACAGUGUGGGCAGGUGCACUGCCGGCUGCCUUACACCGCGCCCCCCGUCCACCUCAAAGCCGAUAUGGAUGGGCCACUCUCCAACCGGGAUGAGGAAACAGGCUCAGAGAGGGGGAGUGAGUUGCCCAGGGCCCCGCAGCAAGUCAUCCUUUUUCAGUACUAACGCUGCCGGCACUUCCGCAUCUGAGCAUGGGCGCCCGGCAGCUGCCCCUCAGCCGCUGAAAUCCGGAGUCCGAGCCGCUGCCAGGGAUCCACCCGCUCUGCCUCCACCCCUCAUCCGCCAUCCUGCCCACCACCAGCUGGGCCCCUGGGCCUGGCCUUCCCCUCUCCUGCCGAGAACCAGAACCCGCCAGGAGCACCGCGGAGCCCUCCUCCCUGAAGGCAGAGCUCCCUGAAAUUUGGAGCCAGGGUGAAAACAACAGCCUGUGUUUCCCAUUUAGACAGGAGUCGUCUUCAACUUAAGCUGAUUACAAUAGCAAAAGGCCGAAUUGAAUCGCACGACGCCAACAGCCUUCCAAUUUACAGGUUUUCUUUCCUCCCAUAUUGGCCUUUAUUUACUACUUCCUUGGAACCAUCUCUGAAUUCUGAAUAGCGGACAACCCCCAAUGUUAUCCACUCUGUUGCUUUUGUUUGGAAAACUCUACAGUGUUUGUGGGAUGUCCCCAAAGGAAAGCUAUGUUCUAAUUUUAUCAUUUCCAUCUGUCUGGUUAUGUCAAGUUAAUUCAGAGAGAGAAGAGACACUGACCAACCCUGAGAGGCCCAAUAGGGCACAGAUGGAGGCCUGCCCAGACCAAGAGGCAGGGGGAAAAGCGGGGGCUGGGGGGGGCGGGGCAAGGACCCCCAUGGGUUUGGAGGCCCAGGAGAAGGAUGCGGCACACUGGGCUGGGAGAAGUACUAGCCAUUUUAAGGAGAGGACAGAGGAAACUCGGGGUGUGUGUCGGGGACCCUGCUUUCACCUAGUUAUCCAGCAUAUGUGCAGGAGACAUAGCAGAGGUGGUGUUUGAUCUGUGUGAUGACAUUUCUGAACGCUUGGACAAGUUAGAGUUGGGGACCCUUGUUGGCUACUUGACUCCUGAUGGGGGUGCUUGGGCCACGUCUUCUUUGGGGGGACCUCUCAUGGGGGAGCUGGGGAACAGAGCCCAGGGAAAGGGCAGAGCUUUCAUUCUAGACCCACCUCUGAGUAGAAAGAGGGUGCCUGCUGCCUAGGUGAGUGUACUUCUGGGGUGCUACCAGGCGGGGCAGGCCCUGGCUCAGCCCCUGGCUCAGUAGAGAGAGGGUGCCUGCUGCCUAGGUGGUAGCACCCCAGGAUUCUAGCUAGCACUUCUGGGCUUCCCCACCAACCCUGCCCAGAGCCAGUCCCACUCACUCCUGAGAACGCAGGCCAGACACAGCUGUGCUCACAUCCACCCUGUCCCGCUGCAGCUCUUCCACCCCAAACAAAAGGGCUUGGGCUACACAAGACCAUGAUUUAUGUUUUCAGGGGACCCCGUUUGUCCCAGGCUAAUCCUGUAAUUUUAGAAUGACUUGGGUGUCCUGAUGCAUUUCCCACUAGAGGCUGCUAGUAAGCAUGUUUCAGCCCAAGUCCUCCUUCCUGCUUUGAUUAACCUGAUAUGUUGCUUUCGGAAGGAGACUCUAGGACAGGGAAAGCAAGUUCAUGGUACCUAGGUGUCUGCUGCCCCGGUUUCACCCAUGGCAGACAUCGCUAAUCGAUCGCAGCACUCUCUAUCUCGCCGAGUCUGGAUAAGGGUUCGGAAUCCACAUGCUUGAAGUUGGCACUUAACGUGAAAAACGAUAUGCUCUUCUUACUCUGGGACCUGGAGGAGGGCUGGGCCCGGGUGCAGCCCAAGAAGGGAACUUGCUUCUUUUCCCUUUCAAAGACAGUUCCAGCUGACUCAGGGCAAAGGAAAGACACCCCUCAGAAUGUGAUCAGUGCAGCUUGGUUCAGAACUCACCCGGUGAAUAGAGUGUGCCUGGCCCUACCCUUGGAGCUGACGUUAACCGGAGCAGCUUGGGCCCAGUUCCUGGUGACUGGGGAGCUCUAAUCUUUCCUUUGACGUGGUCAGUGGCCAGCCGAGCCAUGCCCAGGGUCACCCAGUACCCACUCUGCCUUGAGCCUCCCCCCAGGGUCUGUUCCUUGCGUGGAUCACACGGUCGUAGCAUGCUGCGGUUCAGACACGUCUCCACUAGCCUGUUAGAACAGCCUGGGAACAUACAGGCCAUCAAGACUAUUUAUUUAAAUACAAAACAAAAGGAGGAAAACACACACACACACGGAAAAAAAUUGUAAGCACUUUUUUGUAAAACCAAUGUCUGUUUUGUUACAUACCUUUCAUGUUGUGCUUUGUAAAUGUCUUAUUUGUGUAAUAAAUAAAGUUAAUGCAAGUAGAAGUG